CUUGGAUAGCAAAGUUCUAAUGUACUACAGGUCCAACUCCGAAAGGCAUCGUCGGAACUACUAUUAACUUAUUUUGAUUCAGGAAAAGUGUAUGUUUGUUCAUCACGAUACUUGCAACUAUAAUUUUUAGUUUUCUGUUCAGAUAUAUUAUUUUAGCGUUUUAUACCUUGCAGGUGAAUUAAACUAACCUGUCGGUUCAGGAUAUAUAGGUAGAUAUGGCAUUACCUUCUAGUGUAAUAGAUCGAAUUGCCCUCAGUGUAUUCCUACUUGGAGGACCUUAUACAUUUUUCUAUGAGUUUUACAUAGUGUCGGGACAUUAUUUUGGAGACCAAUAUCCAAGCUGGAUCUAUUUCCAUGUAUGUAUUGGGAUGUUUGGAAUGUUGGAAACAUAUUGGAACUUGUAUUAUGUAAACAUCACAUCAAAUAUAGUACCACAGUCACUUUGGACUAAGCCUAAAGACCAAACGGAUGGGAAAAAAUGUAUGAAAUGUGCUAUUGGAGUACCACCACGGUCACAUCAUUGUAAAUUAUGUGAUAAAUGUAUUCUGAAACGUGAUCAUCAUUGUUGGUUCGCUGCAACUUGUAUCGGGCAUAACAAUCACCGCUACUACGUUGUCAUGAUACUCUAUGUAUGGAUAGCUGCCGUAUAUGCUAAUUUAUACAAUCUUCAAUUCAAUAUGUACCAUAUAAGAACUUUUGGAGACCUAGCUGUAACUCUUGCUGGUCCUCAUGUGGGUCUAUUGCUAGGCUGGUAUACUGCAUAUGAUUUUUACAUUCGGGUAAUGACAGCACUUGGGGUAUAUUUCCUGGUGAUGUUUACAUGGUUGCUAGGGUUACAGCUUGUCCAGUUGCAACAUGGACAGACACAAUAUGAAUGGAAGAAAAAGAUUGAACAAUAUGAUCGAGGGUUGAAGUUCAAUCUGAAAGCGAUUGUUGGUCAGAGAGUUAUUGCUGUUUGGUUUUUGCCUUGGAUAUCUUCCCCUUUGUUAUCAAAUGGAAUGGACUACACUCGUGGUGAAAAGAUGGAUUAAGUGCCAUGAUAUACCAUGGCAUUUUUUAACAGUUUGCAAGUAGAGAAAAGGAGUUGUGAAGAGUAUUACUCUCGGAGUGUGGUCGAGGAGUAUAUGAACAAAUUUUGUAACAAGUCACCAUUAAAAACAUGUGAAAUCUAAAAAAAUAACUUAAUUUGCAUUUGUCACUUUGAUUCGUCAAGUACUUGUAUCUUUGCCUUGUACUUGGCUUAGUGUGACAAAAAUUGGUGAUCUCCAUAGCUUGAUGUUUGAUAACAGGGCAAUUACACUGUACUUGUAUUAGUUUAGAUUUUUUAUUAUUAUGUUUUUAUACUGUAAUAUUCUGUUAAAGUUCUUUAAGCUUUGUGUCUGUCAAAUAUUUGUGAUCUCCAUGUUGUAAUGUUUAAUAACAGGGCAACAACACUGUACUUGUAUUAUUUCUGAUAUUAUAUUUCUGUAGAUUUCUGUUUAUCAAUGUAUUUUAUUUUAUAUUAUAAUAGUCUGUUCAAAAUCAAGUACAUUUGCCUUCUACUUGGCUUUGUGUCUGUCAAAAUGAGGUCAAUAUAUUUUUGUAAUUAUUUCGAUUAUUGCAGGCCUAUUUUGCAUUAAAAUCUGUCUACACAUUAUCAAGUAGUAUGCAGAAGUAUAGUUACUCGAGUCUCUAGCCAAUUCUUGGCUCUAGAAGUAAUUUCAUCUGGAACACUGUGAACGCCAUUUGAAAAUAGCUGGCCAGCGUGUCAUAAUUUUAUUGAAUAUUUUAAAAAUCGCCAGAUAAAUAAAUCAUUAAUUAAAAUUGGACCGGCUGGGCUCCUUGAUGAGAUAUUGCAUGAUUUCGUUUAAAAUUAAAACAAAUGGCUCCAAGAAAAAUGGCGAUAUUCGAAAACUGGUCCAAAUAUCGUUAAUGUCUGACAUGAUUAGUAACUGGCUAUAAAUUCUAAGUUAGCGAUCCAGAAGAUGUGAACUAAUACAUUGAUCACUUCAUGUGAGUUUGGAAUUUUUGGUGAGGUAAUAAGACAAAAACUCAAAAUUCAAAUUGUGAUGUGGAAAAAUGGUGGACAUUUGAUUUCAAAUUUUAUGAUUACGACAUGACCCGUUGUACAUGCAGGAAUUUAUCUUUGGACGAAGGCCACGAUACAGUGGCCUUAGAAGAAGGUAAAAGUAUAUCAGCAUGAAAAUAUUUUGGCUAGAUUUUCUUUAUGUUGUCAGUAUAGAUUUAUGAUGAUUUACUAUUGUUAGAUGUUUGAAUUAGUCUCAGAGCUAGUGCUAUACUAUACAUGAUGUGCAAUUAGUAGGAAUAAAAUACUUUAAACAUUACUUGUCAUUUGUUAUUUUUCUAUUGUUAAUUUUUCUGGUAAUCUGU